AUGUUGAGUAAGGAGAGCAAUCCACAACAAACGUCGCGGACAAGUACUACGACAGUGAUCAAGAUACUGCGCGAUUUUAGCCGCCGCGGAAUCAUAUUCAAUACAACGAGGAACGUCGUUGAUUCGGCCCCCUGCCAUAAAGUUCGCGCCACAAGCAACUCGACCUCAACCCUAGUACUUGUGGAUCAAACCUGUAACGACACUGGACUGCUGCUUCUGCUUAGCGCAACAAAACGCCUAGUACAACCGACACUUGACACUUCAGUCGCACAAGCACCUGUUCUUAUCUGGCACAAACAUCGCAAAGAUGAGCUACGGCUAAUACCAGAUGAGCGCACCGGAUCGAUUGUGCGUGCCACCUUGAUGCUUUAUUGGUUCAUCUCCGGAACUUGUCUCUGCACCGUUGCUUACUGGCCUUCAACACCCCCCUUGCAAAUAAGAACCAGCACCUGCUGCCCCGCUGCUUCCUUUUCACAAGAGAACCUUCUACGGACACAUCCGACUGCUAGGCUGGCCUGCUUCAUCUUCCCACAUGCUACUCACGAUCCUGCGCAAGGCGCUGUGUUUAGAUGCCGGCUCUCGUACCCAAGCUCAGCGUUUCCUCAACGGGUUCGCACCGUGAGUCGGAAAUCUACUACUACCCGUACGAACAGGUCACUCUGGGAUCUCAUUGUGUGCCACGUCUGA